AUGUGCUUCAACAGAGCAGAGUCUCUGGUUAACAACUCCUUUGGAACAUGUCAACAGAGGAGGAUCUUUCCUCAUUUCCAUCCCCCAAACUCUUUGGGGAACAGGUUUCUCCCUCUUAGGGGAGCGCCCCACAGAGGGCCUGGAUGUUACAUGGCAGAAGAUACAUAUGGCUUGGCAUACAACCUCUCUAAGAUCCCGACCAGUAAAAAAGGAUAUACUCUUGGAGCCAGAACAGCCGUGAGGUUUAAGCCAAUCAACAAGGAUAUGACGCCUCACCCAGGCAGGUACCAGACAGUAAAUCCUCGGGAGCAGAAACACAAACAAAAUUUUGCUCCAUUUAAUGCCUUGUUGCCUCGCUUUAGGACAUACUCAAAGGACACUUAUGAUCCUGGCCCUGGCACAUACAACCUACAGAUAAAGCCACCCAAAAAAAUCACCUGGCCGAUGAAAUUUGGAUCUCCAGACUGGGCUCAGAUUCCAUGUCUACAGAAAAGAACCCUAAAAACUGAGCUGUCCACAGACAAAGACUUUAGAAAGCAUCGGAACCGUGUGGCCUACCUGAGCCUGUUUUACAAUUGAGAAGCUGUGACUGCCUUCACGUGCUCCUCCUGACCACAGCACCUCCAGGAUUGAGGGCAGAGCUGCUCGUCUCCCUCCGCGUUGCUGUGGCUCCCUUAUCUGCCAGCCUGGGGCCCCGGGAGGGAUAAGAGUCUCAUAACUACUAGAUGAGAACAUAAAGACUAGUUCAGAGUGUUCCGUCUCCAGGUGCUGGUUUGUUGUGUACGUUCGUAGAUGGGUCUGGGGGUUCCUCUUGAGUGUUCUAUGAGGUGGCUCUAUUUUACUGAAAUACUCGUGGGUCCCUGCCCUCUAGCUCUCAUUCCCAGGCACCAGCUUUUUAUAUUCUACCACUAACCCUGGUAAUAGGAGGCUAUACCCUAUACAUAUAAAGGAUUUGGAUGGCAUUUGGCUUGCUUGGGCUUCCUAUGUACAG